AUGGGGAGUAGUUUUAGUGUUUUAACUAUUGUAUCUGGACGCGGAAAACAGGGGGGCAAGGCCCGCGCCAAGGCCAAGACCCGCUCCUCCCGUGCCGGGCUGCAGUUCCCCGUGGGCCGCGUGCACUGGCUCCUCCACAAGGGCAACUACGCGGAGCGAGUGGGCGCCGGUGCCCCGGUGUACCUGGAGGCUGUGCUGGAGUACCUGACAGCCGAGAUCCUGGAGCUGGCCGGCAAUGCGGCCCGCGACCACAAGAAGACACGCAUCAUCCCGCACCACCUGCAGCUGGCCAUAUUUCCCAGUACUAAAACUGACUCUUCUGGGGCAGGCCGAACAUACAGAUUCCUCCUGCAUUGGGUGCACGAGGCAAGGGCUCUGAUGCCCCAGGAAGAUACCAAGAGUGGGCUGUUGCCCCAGGAGACACUGAGUGGCACUCACUGGGACCAGGCGUACAGAUAG